UGAUUUUUAACAUGAAUUGUAUUCGUAUUAUAGCCAUCUAUAUAUCAAGUUACGUUGGCCUCAGUAAUAUUGACUCAGAUCCUGCUAAUAUCAAUAAUAAUGGCGAUAAUGGGUCAUUCGUGGCAAGCGUGGGAGUUGGAUUGAUUGUUGUGUGUUUGGCACUACCCGUUUCUGGUGUUCAUAAAUUUCCAUCCAGUUUAUUCUGGAAGGUCCAGUGGCAUUGGGCCACUGGCCAUCUUCCAGUUCCA